UUAUUAUUAUACAAUCACACCCUAGGGGCCGGCUUAUCUGUUGUCAGUAUUAUGUUCAGCAUCCCAACUCUCAGAUCCAGCUCACACGUCGUCCCCAACUUAUAAGUGACUGUCCGUACACUUGUUAUCUCUCUGUGAACCAUACAGUUUACAACAACCUUCAACCCUUGUUCCUCUGCACCACCUCAUCGAGGAUAUUAGCAUGCCUACACUUCCCUACAGGUAUCACCCUAUCUUCACCGGUCAUUGGACUCUGCCACAUAGAGAACUUAGAUGAGCAUCAACUGAUUUCGAAAAAACAACCAAGCCUGUCACGGUGAGCCAGCUGCUUGCUUCAAUGGCCCACAUUGAAUGGGUCACCUAAUGCGCAUUCGUUGAGAAGUUGGCAGUCCUUUCAAGACAAAUGACCAUGGCGUGUGAAAAUCUAUUUCGGACUUUGGUACGGAACUAUCGUUCACUGAAGACCAAUUCACUUGUCCAAUCUCCCAAUGUGGAGUUGAAGGCAUACAAACCUCCUAUCAUCAUCCGUGAGAUUAAAGGAGAAUACAUGGGAGAGCCUCAUGUCAUCAAUGACAUAGCAUUGCUUGGGGACGAUAAUACUGGGAGAGAAUAUCGCUAUCCUGCGCACGGGGUUGUUGUUUCCCGAAAGGAUGCGGAUGAUUUCCCUGUGUGGGUUUGUCUGGAACAGAACGAACAUUUGAAGCCCAAUCACCUGAGGGUCUUCAACCUGUUUACCUUCAAGUUCUUGACGGUGCCCAUAUCAACGAUCUGCUGGGUUCCUAGCCACAAGGCGCGAGAUGAUGAACUAUACACGAUGAUCGGAAGUCCUGGGAGACACGGUUAUAAAGAGAUACGCCUACCGAUGAUAGUUCAGAAAUUAGGUCUCCCAUCGCAAGCAAAAUUUGCCGUUCCUGCUUCGAGUAUACCGCUUACCAAACUAGAGCAGAAUCAACAGCAUGCUCUUUUUGACAAGCAAUAUAAGAGUAUAAAACUGCUGUACGGGGUCUGUCCACUCAUGAAAACUGAUAUCUACGGUAUCAGACAAUGGCCAUCUUACACGACUUUCAAUAGAGCCGUGCAGUUUCCCCGUUUGUAUCAUCAGGAUCAUAUAUUAAACAUCCAAGAAAACACUGGGUAUGUUCGUCAGAACUCAAUAAGUGAGCUUCAGAGGCAAAGACCAGAGGUGUUUUGCCGGUGCUCUUGUCGCUAUCCAGGGCUUAGACCUACCUAUGUAGAUCGUAGCCCAUUGCACAAGCAUAUCACAGAUGGUCAAUGCAGUCUCGAGUCGUCGCAUCAAGCCCACUGCGUCUUUGCGACGCAUCGACUAGUGCAUUGCGUGGCCGGUAGCUCGAUAGCGUAACAUGGGCAUUGUAUCCCGGACGAAAGCCACGUCAUGGCAAUUGACCCCAUGUUGGCCAACAUCGACCAGCCCGCGGUCGGCGUCAGUGUGAACAUUUCAGAACAAGAAACGCAUAUGGCUGUAAUUGAAACACAACGCGAAACCAACGACGAUGCCGAAUUCAUAUCGCUCCCUUGUGAGCUUGAGAGGAUUGCUGGCCAGGCUUGUUUCCGUGACAGUGACAAGGUGC